AUUUACAUUCGCCCUCCAAACAAGGCAAGCUAGCAGAUCGAGGUACUGUUCACUUUGUCAACAGCACAAUACAUUGUAGCGCUUGAGUGAUCUUGUGUUUGCUGAUAACAAUGGCUUCUAGGACUCCUAUUAGAUUAGACCCAGCUACAGGCAAAAAGAUUCCACCGCCUGUUUCGCCGAAGCCUGUCCGAAUGACGGCGACAAGGUUGACCAGGGCGAGCGCGAGGCCCCCUCCACCGCCACAACCUUCUAGCGGGAUGAAAAGUGCUGAAGAAGAACUCGAUGCUUUGACGGAUCUUCUUGUAAAGAAUUUAGAGAAUACAGGAGAUCCAGACUUUUUUGGAAUGUGCAGUAAAUGUGGUCAGAAGGUUUCUGGAGAGGGGACAGGAUGUACAGCAAUGGAUAAACUUUUCCACAUCAAGUGUUUUCUUUGUGUCAAGUGUGGAUGUCAGUUAACUGGGAAGGUGUUCUAUAAAGUGGAAGAGCAGUGUUUUUGUGAGGCUGACUAUAUGGAAACACUGGAGAAGUGCUGGGUUUGUAACCAGUAUAUCACAGAGCGGAUCUUACGAGCCACUGGAAAAUGUUUUCAUCCAGACUGUUUCAAGUGUGAAGUUUGUAACAAGAAACUUGAUGGCGUUCAGUUCACUGUUGACAACUUUAACAAAAUCCACUGCAUUGAGGACUAUUAUAGGAAAUAUUCACCAAGAUGUGCAUUGUGCAAUCAGCUGAUAGUUCCUGACGAGGGUCAAGAGGAAACAGUUCGUAUUGUUUCAAUGAACAAGGAUUUUCAUGUCAAGUGCUAUGUUUGUGAGGACUGUAAUGCUCCAUUAUCAACAGAAAAGGGUGGCAGUGGUUGCUAUCCCUUGGACAAUCACCUUCUGUGUCAAGACUGUAAUGCAGUACGCGUGCAGAAGAUGACGGCAGAGUUAGACUCCAAGCCAACACGCCCCUUAACUACUGAAUUAUGAGACAUGUAUGCUAGCCUUCUUAUGGACUGUGAAUGGUUUAAAGACCAAGCUGACUUUGAGAAUAAAGUCAAAAGUAUUAUUAUUAGUUAUGGUUCGUUAUUAUAAACCAUUUUUAGCUCAUUGUCAGCUAGGAUCAGUUGAUCAGAAAUAAUCUCUCUGGUAACUGUAGAAAGUAGUAGUCAUGAAUGAAUAGGUGUCUUUCUUUAAAGCUCCCUUUAAAGUUAUGAGCCAUUUAGAGGUGAAGAAAGGCUCCCCGAGACCCUCGUUUGAACAUAUUAGUAAAAUAUUAGUUUGAAAAUAUUAGUAAAAAUAAAUUUAACUGUUUUAGACUUCCUUCAUAUCGUAGAAAUUGCGUUUUUUCUCUUUUUUUGUUUUUGUCUGCAUUUGU